GAAGUGGGAGGAGACGAAGGCAAACAUCAUCAUAACCAGCACAGAGCUCUUUCUACGCCUGUCAAGGAGAACCGACAAUUUGGCUCCAAGAUGACAGACUCAAAGUACUUCACCACCACCAAAAAAGGUGAAAUCUUUGAGCUGAAGGCUGAGUUGAACAGUGAUAAAAAAGAGAAGAAGAAGGAGGCAGUGAAGAAGGUGAUUGCAUCUAUGACUGUUGGCAAGGAUGUCAGUGCACUCUUUCCAGAUGUUGUGAACUGCAUGCAGACAGACAACCUGGAACUGAAAAAGUUAGUCUACCUCUAUCUGAUGAACUAUGCCAAGAGUCAGCCAGACAUGGCAAUCAUGGCUGUCAACACCUUUGUUAAGGACUGUGAAGACCCAAAUCCCCUAAUUCGGGCCCUGGCUGUUCGCACCAUGGGCUGCAUUCGCGUGGACAAGAUCACAGAGUACCUGUGCGAGCCUCUGAGAAAGUGCUUAAAAGACGAAGACCCCUAUGUGAGGAAGACCGCAGCUGUGUGUGUAGCAAAACUCCAUGAUAUCAAUGCACAGCUGGUGGAGGAUCAAGGCUUCCUGGACACCCUCAAAGACCUUAUCUCCGACUCAAACCCUAUGGUGGUUGCAAACGCGGUGGCGGCGCUGUCAGAAAUCGCAGAGUCUCAUCCCAACAGCAAUCUUCUGGACUUGAACCCUCAAACCAUCAACAAAUUACUGACAGCUCUUAAUGAGUGUACGGAGUGGGGACAGAUCUUCAUUCUGGAUUGCCUGGCCAAUUACACACCUCGAGAUGACCGGGAAUCCCAAAGCAUUUGUGAGCGCGUCACCCCACGGCUCUCCCAUGCAAACUCUGCCGUGGUGUUGUCGGCUGUAAAAGUUCUCAUGAAGUUCAUGGAGAUGUUGCCUAAAGACCUGGACUAUUAUGGAACCCUGCUGAAGAAGCUGGCGCCUCCACUUGUCACUCUCCUCUCUGCUGAGCCCGAGUUGCAAUAUGUAGCGCUACGAAACAUCAACCUCAUCGUACAAAGACGACCGGAGAUCUUGAAACAUGAGAUGAAGGUUUUCUUUGUGAAGUACAAUGACCCAAUUUAUGUCAAACUGGAGAAACUGGACAUUAUGAUCCGCUUGGCGUCUCAAGCUAACAUCGCCCAGGUGCUUGCUGAGUUAAAGGAGUACGCCACUGAGGUAGAUGUGGACUUUGUCCGUAAAGCUGUCAGGGCCAUCGGACGCUGUGCCAUUAAAGUGGAGCAAUCUGCAGAACGCUGUGUCAGUACCCUUCUUGACCUCAUCCAGACAAAGGUCAACUAUGUUGUGCAGGAAGCCAUUGUGGUCAUCAAGGAUAUCUUUCGCAAGUACCCUAACAAGUAUGAGAGCGUGAUUGCCACUUUGUGUGAAAACCUGGACUCGCUAGAUGAGCCGGAAGCACGUGCUGCCAUGAUUUGGAUCGUGGGGGAGUAUGCUGAGCGCAUUGACAACGCCGAUGAACUACUUGAGAGCUUUUUGGAGGGUUUCCAUGAUGAAAGCACUCAGGUCCAGUUGCAGCUUUUAACAGCCAUUGUGAAGUUGUUUCUCAAGAAGCCGACAGAGACCCAAGAGCUGGUCCAGCAGGUCCUCAGUCUGGCUACUCAGGACUCUGAUAAUCCAGACCUGAGAGAUCGUGGCUACAUCUACUGGCGUCUGCUCUCCACUGACCCAGCGGCUGCUAAGGAGGUGGUUCUUGCUGAGAAGCCUCUGAUCUCAGAGGAGACCGAUUUGAUUGAACCAACGCUGCUGGAGGAGCUCAUAUGCCACAUUGGUACUCUGGCCUCCGUCUAUCAUAAGCCGCCCAGCGCCUUUGUCGAGGGCAGCCGUGGCGUUCAGCACAAAAGACUUCCUGGCAGUGCUGGAUCCGGUGAAAACGUGGAGAGCCCAGACACAGGUUCUGCUGCCGUUGCUUCUGAGGCCCCCCCUGCCGUCAUCCCAUCCCAGGACCUUCUGGGAGAUCUGCUCAACUUAGACCUGACACCUACGACCACAACUGGACCACCACCACCCGCCUCUGGCAUGCAGAUGGGAGCGAUGGACCUUCUUGGAGGAGGACUGGAUAGCCUGAUGGGGGAUGAGUCUGAGCCGCCACCCGUUCCCCUGCGGACAGACACUCCUCAGUCACCGCAGCCCCCCCAUCAGUCCCCAUCGCCCCCAGAUUACAGCCCCACUGAGCUUGGCGGAGACCUUGGAGGAAGUCCUGCUAUGACAGCUGGCUUUGGUGCUCCGCCCACUGCUGGACCACCUUCUUUCACCGCCCCUGUAAGUGGGGGUCUUGAUGACUUGUUUGACCUCGGCGGUGGAGUUGGUAUGCCGAUGGGAGUUUAUGUACCUCCUAAAACGCUUUGGCUUCCAGCUAUGAAGGCUAAGGGUCUAGAGAUUUCAGGCACUUUUGGUCGUCGAGCUGGGGUUGUUCAAAUGGAGGUGACCCUCACAAAUAAAGCAAUGAGCGUCAUGACUGAUUUUGCCAUUCAGUUUAACAGAAAUAGUUUUGGUUUGGCUCCAGCUGGUCCUCUCCAGGUUCUUACUCCAGUUAGCCCGAACCAGAGUAUUGAAGCGGUCCUUCCUCUCAACACUGUGGGGCCUGUCAUGAAGAUGGAGCCUCUUAAUAACCUGCAGGUGGCCGUUAAGAACAACAUUGACGUCUUCUACUUCAGCUGCCAGUACCCCAUCAGCAUGCUCUUUGUAGAGGACGGCAAGAUGGAGCGACAGGUGUUCCUUGCCACAUGGAAAGACAUUCCGAAUGAAAAUGAGUCCAAGUUCCAGCUCAACGACUGCCAUCUUAAUGCAGAUGCGGCAUCAAGUAAACUGCAAGGCAGCAACAUCUUCACCAUAGCCAAGCGAACUGUGGAGGGUCAGGACAUGCUGUACCAGUCCAUGAAACUCACCAAUGGAAUUUGGGUGCUGGCUGAACUCAGGGCCCAGGCAGGAAACCCCAACUAUACGGUCUCUCUGAGAUGCAGAGCCCCCGAGGUUUCCCAGUGUGUGUUCCAGAGCUACGAAGCGGUGCUGAAGAACUGAGAGAGGAGGGGCGAAAAUAAAACAAUAAACAAUGAUGGGCCAGAUGCUGCCGUCUGGUUCUCCUGCCCGUGGACCACUUCACACUGUCAUGCAGUGGUUGCUGCAAACUAUCUACCAGCUCUUCAUUAGUUUUUCCAUCAUUUAUUGCUCAGUUUAGAUUUCUUUUCAACCUGAUUGAAUUUGUACGAGUCAGCUUUCUCUAAAUGACCCAGCUCAUCCAAAUGUGCAGGUCUAGCGCACGUGAACUGCAAGCAGAUGGUCUUGGCUUUCUCAUUAGUGUGUGUGUGUGUGUGUGUGUUUGUUUGUGUUUCUUUCAUUUUGACACCAUAUCUGGACUUUGGAUAGACUGAAAGGUCCCUCUGAGGUCUAUUGUAGUCAUUGCAUUCUUUGCUUUUUUUGUUGGUAGAUGUGCCUGUGUGUGUGUGUGUGUGUGUGUUUGCAUCAGGGCAGCAGAAUGUGGCCAACUGAGAUGAAGGCUGAACAGGACUAAGUGUAAAUGAUGGAGACGUUUGUAACACCAAAGUAAUGUGUGCAUGUUAGUAUGGCUGGCUAGGACAGUGCUCGGUUUCUCACCCUUGUACUCUGAAGAUUAAUUGAAGUUCCCCCCCAGUCACUACACUGAUGCCCUUUUCAUCAGCUCUGCAAGGUGUAUACAUCUGUCACCUUUUAUAUCGAUUUAUUUUGCAGGUGGCUCUCUUACAGGUGUUUGUGGGGACAUCUGAUGUUUGGGAAAAAAAAAAAAGGUAAUGCUGAAUCAGUUGUUUUUUUGAUUGUUUGUCCUUUGAGUCUCCAUCAUCCAAAAUGGAAAUAUUAAAAUUCUUGAUCAAUUGUG